AUGAACGGGUAUGGAGGUAGCGUCGCGCCGCCGAGCCAGCUCUACGUGCGCGCGCUCUACGACUACGACGCCGAUGAUCGCACCAGCUUGAGCUUCCGGCAGGGCGAGAUCAUACAGGUCAUCACGCAAUUAGAAAGUGGGUGGUGGGAUGGAGUGCUGCAUGGCAUCAGAGGAUGGUUCCCGAGCAACUACUGCGCCGUGGUGAGCCCGCCGUUUGAGGACGGACAUGCGAGAACAGCUGGCGACUCGGAGGCGGAAGAGUCGGAAGAAGAGUACGGUGAGCAUGGGCUGGAUCAUGGCAUGAAUGGCAAUGGUGGCAGUCACAAUACUACAGUGGACUCGCAAGAGGAGGCUUCAUUUUGGAUACCUCAAGCGACACCUGAUGGACGGCUAUACUACUUCAACACGCUCACCUACCAAAGCAAGAUGGAACUGCCUCUGGAAGCGCCGACAUCUUUGAACGAAACUGGCCCACGCGAUCGCACCAACAUCCACAUUCCAGAUCAGACGAGACCGCCGGCUGAGAUCAUGGCGGCCGGCUACGAGCGCGACGACGACACGGACUACGCUUCUGCUUCCGAGACCGAGGACAUGUCGGGAAUCCGCGACUCCAAGGGCUCGAGUAACCGGCGCAGGCGAUCGUACGUGUCCGACGGCGUGUCACCCGCCACCUCCAUGGAUUCUCUCAACGCUGCUUCUCCGCUGAACCGCUCGCGCACUAAUCUGGCUGGAGCCAGUCAAACCUCGAUUUCGGCCAUGCAGCAAGGCAUCCCGCCGAUUGGUACCACUAUGAACUCCUUCGCCAAUGCUGCGGCUGCAGCAUCCACCUCCUCCCUCGUACCCCGCCGCUUCUUUGAAGACGCACACGCUGUCCCGCUAACAUGGCACACCUUGACCGAGGACAUGCGGCGGGCCAUUCAGCGUUACCGCGACGUCAUCAAUGCUGGCGAGAGGUCCGAGUUCGUCCGGAAGGCAGAAGAUAUCUCCGAUCACCUGCGUCUACUCCUGGCAGCUGGAUCUGGUACCACCGACAACCAUUCUGGAAACCCUUCCAUCAUCUCAACGAACAAGGCUCUCUAUCCUCACUUCCGCGAAAUGAUGUCUAGAUUCUCCAAGCUUGUUCUCUCUUCUCACAUUGCUGCUGCGGACUGGCCAGCCGCCGAUGCCUACCAAAAGUGUCUUCAGGAAGCGGAAGGCGUAAUGCAUGGCGUCUAUGGCUUCGUGGAGGUCGCGCGACAGCACAAAGGCGAGGAGAUACCAAGAAUAACUCCUGGCUUCGUCAGUGGUAGCAAGGUUGCAGCAAACUGGCAGAACAACGGGCUCAACCCGAAGGAUCCAAUGGCGACCAUGUCCUUCAUGGAAGACGACCAGGAUUUUCUCCAGGAUCCGACAGCAUCACUCGAUCUCGCAAUAAUGGAGCGUAUGGAUGAUCUCAAGCGACUGAUCAGCUCCAGUAUUCGCAAACUGGACGAGCACCUCAUACUGAGAGACAAGCUCAUCACUCCCCAGCGACACCGACGGAUUGGAGAUGCCGUGUGCAGGUCUGGACAUCAGGUCAUUGAGUACUGUCGACCUUACAUGUCCACCAUCGAAUCCAUCAACCUCGCGCCCCUGGGCUCAACAUUCCAGACUCCUCAGCUGAAUGACUUUGCAGAACACAAGCAGAAAUUGUACGACUCGACAUCUGAUCUGAUUGUAGCCUGCCAAUCUGUUGCGAGUCCACUUGGUGACGAGUGGUCUGAGGUUAGAGCGCCAUCGCUGGAAGAGCGUGUUCAGCGCGUAAAAGCCAUCAGUCGCGAGCUGGACACAGCGGCUCAGCAAAUAUUCUUCUCACUACAACUGCUAUCGGAACUCAUCCCUCACGAUGACCGCCUUUCACCUCCCAAGGACGGCCACAGACUGACCGAUGGCGGUGCUUCAUACGCCCCACAUGUCCGAUCGAAUUCGAGAGAAAUGCGACCCACUAUGCUCGCAGAUGUUGGUCAAUCGAAGUCGUACUCGGAGGGUACCGAUCCUUCUGCUGCCAUCCAAGGGAACGGGGAGAAUUCGAAAGUUAAGCGCUUUUUCGGAGAAGUCCCGGCUCCUCCCAUGCCACACCGCGAGUCGGAAGAGAUGCCAGAAUACCUCAAGCUGGACCAUGAAGGCGAGAUUGCCUACGACACCAAGGUCGAUCCGCCGCUGCUGCGUGGCGGCACUUUGAACGGAUUGGUGGAGCAACUAACGCGACAUGACAAGUUGGACGCCUCGUUCAACAACACGUUCUUGCUCACCUAUCGUUCGUUUACCACAGCACCUGAGCUGUUCGAGAUGCUUGUGAAACGAUGGAUGCUCCAGCCGCCGAAUGGUCUUAACGCGGCAGACAUGCAGGUCUGGACCGACAAGAAGCAGAAGCCAAUUCGCUUCAGGGUGGUCAAUAUCCUGAAGUCUUGGUUCGACAACUACUGGAUGGAACCUCAGGAUGAGACAAGUCAGCAAUUGAUCCAGAGGGUCUACCAGUUUGCGAAAGACACUGUCGCGUCAACCUCGACACCAGGAGCUGGGCCUUUAUUGACUGCUGUGGACCAGCGCAUCAGAGGUCAAGACGUACCCAGCAAAAAGAUGACUUUGACACUUAACUCCCAGCAGUUCCCGACUCCAGUCCUUCCGAAGAACAUGAAGAAGCUCAAGUUCCUGGACAUCGACGCCCUUGAGUUCGCGCGCCAGCUCACCAUCAUCGAGGCAAGACUCUACAGCAAGAUCAAGCCGACCGAGUGUCUCAAUAAGACCUGGCAGAAGAAGUUGAAGGAGGGGGAUCCCGAUCCGGCAGAAAACGUCAAGGCCCUCAUCCUGCACUCCAACCAGCUCACCAACUGGGUCGCUCAGAUGAUCCUCACCCAGCAAGACGUCAAGCGCCGUGUGGUGGUCAUCAAACACUUCGUCCUCAUCGCCGACAAAUGCCGCACCCUCAACAACUUCUCCUGCCUCACCUCCAUCAUCUCCGCCCUCGGCUCAGCGCCCAUCCAUCGCCUCAACAGGACCUGGGCCCAAGUCAACGCCCGCACGACUCAGACCCUCGAAUCCAUGCGCAAGCUCAUGGGCAGCACGAAAAACUUCACCGAGUACCGCGACGCCCUGCAAAAGGCCAUGCCACCCUGCAUCCCCUUUUUCGGCAUCUAUCUGACGGACCUGACGUUCAUCGAAGAUGGCAUCCCGUCAGUGAUUAAGAAGACGCAGCUCAUCAACUUUGCAAAGCGCAUGAAGACGGCGGAGGUCAUCCGGGAUAUCCAGCAGUACCAGAACGUGCCGUACGGCUUGGCGGCGGUGAACGAGCUGCAAGAGUACAUUCUGCGCAACAUGCGCAGUGCGGGAGACGUGCACGAGAUGUACGAGCGCAGUUUGCAGGUCGAGCCGCGCGAGCGGGAGGAUGAGAAGAUUGCGAGGUGA